AUGUCCAUUUCGCCACCCAAAGGAAAUGGAAAACAGUUCACAGUAUAUGCUGUGGCAAACUGCAAAGUUAUGAUAAAGUAUCCUUUAUUUUACAAACUGGAUGCGACGACCUCUACUAAAGGCAUGUGUCGUGUUCUCUCUCAACCCGCUGACCAAUCAUUCCAGGCGUACAUGGUGUCAGCGGAGCUACUGAAUCAAGCGGGAUGGCAGGGCAUAAACAGUGGACAUCCUGGUGUGCUGUUCAAUGCUGUGGAUGAAAACAACUUUGACUUUGUUUACUUCAGACCACACAACUCUGGUGGCUGUUAUCAGACAGGGUACAUGUCCAGUAGAAACCCAACUUUUGUUGAGAGUAAGGUGUGCUCUAAAGGUCCUCCGAAAGGCGGUGUCUGGUUCACAGUAUCAAUCAAGGUCAACAAUAAAGACGUGCAAGUAUACCUCGCCGGCGACCUGGUUACAUCUAUCAAGUCCGAUUUUUCUCCAAGGGCCAGGGGAGGGGCAUUCACGUUCCAUGGCUAUCAGAACGUGGUCCUCUUCAGGAAGUUGAAAAUCGUCCCUCAAUUUUACGUCAGCAAGAGGUGUGUCAAGACAGUCUAAUAUCCAGACUACGUCAAACUCGAUGCAGAUCAUGGGAAGUGGCCUCUGGAUGGCUUUCGUCAAGCGACCUACUUGAAAGAUGGUGGACAGUCCACAGACUAUCAGCUGUCAGUUGAUCUGUUUAACUUCAUAGGAUGGCUCGGAGUGAACUCUGGUCAUCUGGGAGUGUUCUUUAACAUCGAAGAUCAGGACAACUAUGACUUCGUUUAUUUCAGGCCUCAUUCAGCCGGCGGAUGCUUCCAGACAGGUUAUGUUUACAAAGGCCAACCUAAGUUUGACGGAGCUGUAUCUAGUACCUGCCCUAACGGUCCCCCCAAAGGAGCAGAAUGGUUUCAUGUCAAGUUGACAGUAUCAACAGCUUCCCCUUCAGGCGAAGUGAAAGUGUACUUGAAGGGCACGUUGGUGACGUCAUGGAACCCGCGCUAUCCAAUCAAAAACCGUGGUGGUGUUCUGGUGGCCAAUGGCUACAAGAACGUGGUGUACUACAAGAAUUUCCACCUCCAGUAAAGCCGGAAAGCGUGCGAACUUCAACAAAGAUGGAAGGCUUAAAAUAGUAAUCCAAUAAUAGCAAAAUGUAUCAACAUAUAUCUAAACAUUACGCUAGUUGACUUACUACCAUGUAGGGGGUAAAACUGUAGUGCUUUAAAAGCAAUACGUUUGUACGCUUUACUUCGAGAAUAUUCAUAACCUGCUGUAAACUGGUAGACCUUAGAGUGAUAGCAGUA